AUGGCUCCCAAGAAGACCACCACCCGCGCUCCCCAGGAGAACAUCUCCCUCGGACCCUCCGUUCGCGAUGGCGAGCUGGUCUUCGGCGUUGCCCGUAUCUUUGCCUCCUUCAACGAUACCUUCGUCCAUGUCACCGAUCUGAGUGGCCGUGAGACCAUCACCCGUGUUACUGGUGGUAUGAAGGUCAAGGCCGACCGUGACGAGUCCUCCCCCUACGCUGCCAUGUUGGCUGCCCAGGACGUCGCUGCCCGCUGCAAGGAGCUUGGCAUCAACGCUCUUCACAUCAAGAUCCGUGCCACUGGUGGUAACGGUACCAAGACCCCCGGUCCCGGUGCCCAGUCUGCUCUCCGUGCCCUCGCCCGUGCUGGCAUGAAGAUUGGCCGAAUUGAGGACGUUACCCCUACCCCCUCCGACUCUACCCGCAGAAAGGGUGGUCGCCGUGGUCGUCGUCUCUAA